AUGAAGUUUACCGUCCUCAUCGCGGCCGCCCUGGCUGCUGCGCCUAUCCCGGAGGCUGCUGCUCACCCUGGAAUGGGAGACACCAUCAAGGAAAUCGAACGAAUCGCUGCCCGAAGCUGGGGUAACGGCUGGGGCAGUGGAAACAAAUCGCCGGCCUCAGGUUGGAAUAGCGGAGGUGGUUCAAGCUCUUGGCCUGGACAGGACAAUGGCGGUAGCGGAGGUGACUCAUCUUCAUGGCCCGGCCAGAGCAGCCCCAGUGACAACUGGAGUAACGGCGCAGGCCAGGGCGGAAGCCAAGGUGGAGGUCAGGGUGGCUGGACUGGCGACAGCUUUGACGCUCACUCCCUUCUUGGUGAUCUUAAAACCGUCCCCGACAAGUCUCUCACUACAGUUGGAAGUGAUAUCAAGAAGAUCCUCCAAGGAAGCGCUAACCCCACAAGCCGUGAGCGUUACCUUGGCUGCCCUUCCAUGAACUCUCAGCGAUGCAAGCGUGAUACCUGCUGUGUGUGGCAGUACAUCUCUAACGAGCUUGAAGACCAAUUCAGGGGUGAGGCUGGCCGCUGCACAAGAUGGGCCCGCUAUGCCGUGCGCAUCGGGUUCCAUGAUGCCGGUACCUGGUCCCUCAAGACCGCUUCUCAGGGUGGCGGUGCUGAUGGCUCUAUCGUUCUUUCUGACGAGCUGACCCGCGGCGAGAACCUGGGUCUUCAGCAGAUUGGAGAGUACUACCAGACCAUCUACGACAAGUACCGCAACCAGUAUGGAUUCUCCCAGGUCACCAUGGCUGAUCUGAUCCAAAUGGGCUCCAACAUUGCCGCUGUUACAUGCCCCCUCGGUCCCCGAGUGCGCUCUUUCGUCGGCCGCAAGGACACCACCAAGGCCAACUUGGGAGGUCUCUUGCCCAAAGUCAGCUCAGAUGCCCUUACUCUCAUCAACCUUUUCAAGGACAAGACCAUCGGCCCUGAUGAUCUCGUUGCCCUUAUCGGUGCCCACACUACUUCCCAGCAGCACCACACCAACAUUGACCGUGAUGGUGAUCCCCAGGACAGCACCCCUGGUGUCUGGGAUAUCCUCUUUUACCAGCAGACCAUCGACCAGAACUCCCCCAAGCGCGUGUACAAGUUCCAGAGUGAUGUGGCCCUUGCCGCGCAUCCUCUCACCAAGCCUGCCUUUGAAGCAUUCGCCAGUGGCAGCACUGGCCAGGCAGCCUGGAACCAGGACUACGCCCGUGCCUACGUCCGUCUCAGUCUCCUGGGUGUUAACAACAUCAACAGCCUCACUGAGUGCACCAAGGUCCUCCCCCAGCCCGUCGAUUCCUACCGCCACAAGGAUAAGGGUCGAUUCAACAAGUGGCUCCAGAGCGACGACAACUCUUACACAUCCAAGACUGUUUCCAAGGAUAUCGAUGAUGGUUACGAGAUCUCUACUCCCGAGAACAAGAUUCCUACCCGACGUGGCCCUUGGAAGACCUGGAACACCAUCUUCAACUGGUGGUAA